AUGACCUUCGCACACAACGACUAUAUGGUUGCCUGGAUCUGCGCCUUGUCGCUAGAACUGGCGGCGGUAAAGGCCAUUCUGGAUGAGGUUCAUCCUCCACUUUCCCAGCCCGCAUCCGAUCAUAAUGUCUACAUACUUGGGAGGAUUAGCAGCCACAAUGUGAUAGUGGCUUGUCUGCCUGGUGGUGUCUAUGGGACGAUAUCUGCUACAGCUGUGGCGUCACAUAUGGUUUCUACCUUUCGAAAUAUCCGAUUCGGCUUGAUGGUGGGUAUUGGGGGUGGAGUCCCGAGCCAGAGUGCUGACAUUCGCCUUGGUGAUGUUGUGGUCAGCAUGCCGACUGCUACUUCGGGUGGCAUUAUAUAA